UCCCCCCUCCCUCCCCCCUCCAUCUCCCUCUCUCUCCAAGAUUGUUACUUUUGAUUAUGUGUAGGUGUGUUUCCACAUGCCUGCGGUGCUCACCUGAGUGCCGAUGCCUGGGGAGGCCAGAGGCAUCAGAAUGGGAGGCACGGGCAGCUGUGAGCUGCCACCGUGCCCAGUGUCCUCUAGUGUCUGUAAAGCGCAUCUCGGAUCCCUACUCCCCGCUCCUGGCCUUCUGUCGUCCAGCCCUCUCUGUUUGCCCUGUUUUGGAGUCUGGCCCCUGCAGAGGACACUGUGGGAAUCUUUUCUCCCUAGAAAAAUGUCAGCUCACAGAUUCAAGAGUAUCCUGGAUUCCCAAGCCCCCCUGUGACUGGAUCAGUUCCCCCAUCUCAUUUUCCCAGAAUCCCCCGGGCUAUGGCUACUCCCAGGCACCCUGGGCCACCUUCCCACAGGGCCAUACCCUGCCUCAGCUCUGCCACUGCCUGGUGCUCUGUCCUCAAGGCCAGAUCUGGGUUCUCUGCCUCGUGCCCUCAGGCCACGCUUCCCUGACUUUCUUCUCCCUCAGUCUGUUCCGAUACAUACACCCGUCGGAGGAGGAGCUGCGGGUGCUAGCCGGGAAACCGAGGCCCAGAAGCAGGAAGGAACGCUGGACCAAUGGCCUUCAUGAUGAGAAGCCACUGUCAGUGCCUAGAGACGCCCCUUUCCGGCUGGAGACCCGUCCCCUCACUGCUGUGGAUGCCCUAGUCCUGCGCUUCUUUUUGGAGUACCAGUGGUUCGUGGAUUUCGCUGUGUACUCUGUGGGCGUGUACCUCUUCACGGAGGCCUACUAUUUCGUGCUGGGCCCGGUCCAGGAGGCCAACAUCGCUGUGUUCUGGUGCCUGCUCACACUGGCCUUCUCUCUCAAGGUGUUCCUCGCGGUGACCCGGCUGUACUUCGGUGCCAAGGAGGGCGGCGAGCGCUCGGUGUGUCUGGCCUCUGCCUUCCUCUUCCUCCUCCUCGCCAUGCUGGUGCAGGUGGUGCGGGAGGAGACCCUGGAGCUGGGGCUGGAGUCAGGUCUGGCCAGUGUGACCCAGAACCUGGAGCCUGUUCUGAAGAAGCAGGGUUGGGACUGGGCACUCCCUGUGAUCAAGCUGGUCCUCCGCCUUGGUCUUGCGGGGCUAGGCUCCUUGUUGGGCGCCUUCCUCGUUUUCCCGGGCCUGAGGCUGGCCCAGACCCACCAGGACGCGCUGACGCUGUCUGCAGAUCGGCCGCUGCUGCAGCUGCUCCUGCAUACCAGCUUCCUGUCGCCCCUGUGCACCCUGUGGCUCUGGACAAAGCCUGUGGCCCGUGACUUCCUAUACCAGACACCCAGGAGGAACGUGACCUCUUCUCUGCCAUCAGAAGGGGCCUUCGACUCCCUGCGCCUCUGGGUGCUGGUGGCGCUGUGCCUGCUGCGGCUGGCCGUGACCCGGCCACACCUGCAGGCCUACCUGUGCCUCGCCAAGUCUCGCGUGGAGCAGCUGCGCAAGGAGGCUGGCCGCAUUGAGGCCCGCGAGAUCCAGCAGCGGGUGGUCCGGGUUUACUGCUACGUGACCGUGGUGAGUCUGCAGUACCUGACGCCCGUCAUCCUCACUUUGCACUGCACGCUGCUGCUCAAGACCCUGGGCGGCUACUCUUGGGCCCCGGGCCCUGCUCCAACCUCACCGGCCCCGCCCCAGUCCUCAGACACCUUCAUCUCUGUGGACCCUGCAGAGGAUGAAGUCCAGCAGACUGCAGCCCAGGUCGCAGGGGUUCUGGGCAGCCUGCUCACGCCCCUCUUCCUCCGUGGUGUGCUGGCCUACCUCAUCUGGUGGACCGCGGCCUGCCAGCUGCUCUCCAGCCUCUUUGGCCUCUAUUUCCACCAGCACCUGGCAGCUUCCUAGCGCGAUCCACCAGGACGGGGACUGUCUCCUAUGUGUGUGCCUUAGUGCCCCCAGAUGACCCAGGGGUAAGCGUGGGGACUCCCCACCACCCCCGUCACCUCCGUGCCUGGAUCAUGAAGCCCUUGAGUCAGGUUCCCCUGGACCUGGAGGCCAUGGUCCCGCGUGUGUGUGUGUGUGUGUGUGUGUGUGUGUGUGUGUGUGUGUGUGUGCAGGAUUUCAGUGGGAGGCUCCUCUCAAUAAAAGGGGUGGGCUACUUCUACAGAAGUAUCCCAGAGGCUGAGGAGAGGCAGGGGAGACCUGGCUGGUGAGAAGGACUUAGGAGAGAGUGAUACCAGGCAGGCGUGGAAAGAUGAGGAAGAGGUUUGAGACGGCCAGGAGAAAGCGAGGGGUGGGGCUCAUGCCCAGCUUUGUUUUUUGUUUUUUGUUUUUUUUUGAGACAGAGUUUCUCUGUGUAGCUUUGCACCUUUCCUGGAGCUCACUUUGUAGCCCAGACUGGCCUCGAACUCACAGAGAUCUGCCUGCCUCUGCCUCCUAAGUGCUGGGAUUAAAGGCGUGCGCCACCACUGCCUGACUACGCCCAGCAUCUCAAUAUCCCUGGGUCUGUCACUAUCACUAGGAAGGAAAGAGACAAGGGUCACCAUGCCCAUCUCCCCAGCACACUGGGGAGGCUGAGGCAGGAGCAUUAGCCUAGACCAGUAACAAGACCAUAUCUCCAAAACAAGAAGAAAAAAAAUAAGGGGGAAGGGGAAGGAAUGUGAGCUGUAAGGAAGGAGAGGGAGAGAAAUUGAAGCUGUGAGUUGACAGCCGUCAUGUAUUUCAAGGCCUUGGUGACAGGGUCACCACCACCUCCAGAGCUGUCCUAUUGCUAUGACUUAGUGCGUGUACACGUGUGUUUAUGAGACAUGCAUGGGUUGCAUGACUCUCCUACAUAUGCAGGAUGUACAUUGAGAAUAAAACUGGAGGGCUCCCUCAGUGCUGCCCGGCAACAUUGCUGGUGGUCCGGAGCUCGGUUUGUUAGGACAGUGCUGUUAUAGCCAAGGUCUCACUGGAGAGAAGGCGCUGUCUCUGUUCGGAAUGCGACUGUGUGUGCCCACAGGACCAGAGGACAACUUAGCACUCAGGCCUUGCCUUCUGCCUUGAGAUUUUUUGUUCACCCUGAAUUCCUCAGGUUAGCUGUUCAACAAGCUUCAGGGAGUCUCUGGUUUCCACCCCCCACCUUGCCACGGGAGUGCUGCUCUGUCCUCCUUGUGUGGGUCCUGAGGACUGGAGCUCAGAUCCUCAUGACUACAGCAAGCAGGGCUAGUGUGUGUGGGAUGAACACACAAGAUUUCGAAGGCGUGUCUGGAGUUUCCUUGCCUCUUGGGACAGACUCCCACGCUGACCCUGACAAGGGGCUGUGGGAGCUUGUGAAGUUCUGUGGAAUCAAGGAUGGGCAAGUAAAGGGUGAUACGCCCUUCAGGAGGCGCAAAAAGCGACAAUUCUGGAAAACCAAGGUUCUGCUCUGGGGCUUGAGUGACUUCAGGGUGGAGGGCACGUCUCAGGUGGUUCCGCCCGAUCGGGGCUGCGCUGUGUUCCGGGGCACAGGUUCCUGUGGCCAACGCCUCUGCUGCCAAGCAUGGUGGAGCAUGGCUAACGACUCAGAGGCAGAGGUGGGCGGCCAGCUCUAUGCAGGAAUUCCAAGUCAGCCGGCCUAUAUAUCCCAGAUGUGUAAAUAAACACAUGGAGCAUUUUGUUACUGGCA